CAAUCCCUAGCUAGAAUUACGAUUGGAGAAUGAUAUGAUGAUAAUUACUCAAUUUUCCUUCUCUUUUCCUCUAAUUUCGAAUUCCUUUUUUGUUUUCUCUCCAUUGUAUGUUGGAGAAAUUGAAUUUGAAAUUGCAUAGCAGAAGAUGCAAGUGGAAUGGAAUUCUACUUGUUUGUGUAUCGAGACAUUUAUACAGAUCUUUACUGGCCAGCACUAUGCCUUGCUGCCUGCUUUGUUUCUGUAGCAUUGCUUCUUUCACUUCUCCUAACUUUCCAGCAUCUCCGCUGGUACACCAGACCUUCGGAGCAAAAAUGGGUUGUUGCUGUUAUCUUUAUAGUUCCAGUGUAUGCAACCCAAUCAAUUGUGUCCUUGUGGAAUGCAAACUUGUCCCUUGCCUGUGAUAUAUUGAGAAAUUGCUAUGAAGCAUUUGCUCUUUAUGCAUUUGGGAGCUACCUAGUUGCGUGCCUCGGUGGUGAACUGCAAGUCAUGGAGAUUCUUGAAGAUGAAGCAAAGAAGCAACUUAGCAAGCCAUUGCUCGAAAAGGAAAAGAGUUCACAACUACAACACGGGACAUUUUGCAACUUUAUCUUUCAUCCAUGCUUGCUUGGAAAGGAGUUGUUCUCUAUAAUAAGAUUUGGUUUAGUACAAUAUAUGAUUUUGAAGACUUUUUGCGCACUCUUAGCACUUCUCCUUGAGCUCUGUGGAGUGUAUGGUGACGGAGAAUUUAAGUGGAACUGUGGGUACCCAUAUAUAACAAUAGUUUUGAAUUUUAGCCAGAUGUGGGCCUUGUAUUGCCUCAUCCAGUUUUACAAUGUAACACACGGAAAACUCCAACCCAUAAAACCGCUUGCAAAGUUUAUAAGCUUCAAGGCUAUUGUAUUUGCAACAUGGUGGCAAGGUGUUGGCAUUGUCCUGUUGUGCAAUUUUGGUGCUCUGCCAAAGGAGAAAAAGUUUAAAUCCGGGCUGCAGGAUUUUAUGAUUUGCACAGAGAUGGCAAUUGCAGCUGUAGCUCACAUAUUUGUCUUCUCAGCAAAACCCUAUCAUUUUGUACCGGCAUCAAGCUAUGGGAAGGUUACCACCGAAGAGACAACUCCUGUAGUUGAGAUACAUGAAAGUGAUAAAGAAGAAGAGGCAGUUGUCGAGAAAACAGAAACCACGGUCGAGGCACCCGGAACAAAUAUAACAGAAAGCGUUCAGGAUAUUGUCGUUGAAGGAGGCCAUAAGGUUGUGAAGGACGUCGUGCUAACUAUCAGCCAGGCGAUUGAGCCAGUGCAUGAUGGGAUGACAAAGAUCCAGGAGACGUUCCAUCAUAUCUCAGUGUCGUCACCAUCGGGUAGUAAAGAUGAGCUGCCGCUGGUGAGGGAGCACUACAAGAAUAUCAUAAAGGAACCCGAACCCGACUGAGCAAACCGUAAGUACUGGCUAUAGAUAUCCCACGUUAAUACUACAAGCUAAUGUCUGUUUAGAGCAAUGCCAGAAAAGCCGCCUUCUUGGCAAUGAACAGCAUUUGGUUUGGAUAGUUUGCAUGCAGUAAGUGUGGAACUCAACUGUGAGGUUUACAAUGUACUCCUUUGUUACACGAAUAUAUUUUAUUUAUUGAUUAGAAAUUAGUAGUGCGAUCAUGUUUUUUCUUCUUAUGAAACCUUAUACUAA